AUGUCAUCAAUUGAGCCAGCUGGAUAUUGGAGGGAUUAUAACCCCAAACUUGUCAAGGUGCAUGGGCCUGUUCCGGAUGACAUAGUAGACAGGUUGCUGUCCGAGGUCCCGGACUAUGGACACUACCAACGUCUUUCCAGUACAUGCCAUAUGGCCGAAAACGACAAUUAUGUCGGUUUGUCCAAGGAGGAAGUUUCUGCUUUGAAAGAGCUGAUAACUACAGCCGAAUCUGAAGAAGAUUCUGACAUCGAAACUGAACUGGAAAACGUUAGUGAUAAAAGUGAUCAAGAUAUAACCACAGACGAAGAUAGUGACUCUAAGCUUGCCGUCCAAAUUGCAACAGAAAAUAAUCGCUAUUUUACUUACCUGAAAGACACUCAAGGUAAUUUUCCGAAUAAGUCACGUCUGAACCAAUGGGUUGAAACGAAUUCCAAUGAGAUAUAUUUAUUUCUUGGUGUAACAAUGCUCAUAUCACGCAACAAAAAACUAAAGGUAAACGAAUGUUGGUCGACUGACCCCAUGUUACAUACUCCUAUUUUCUCUAAAGUUAUGCCGAGGGAUCGUUAUUUAUUAUUGCUGCGAUUAUUACAUUUUUGCGACAAUACAAAGCAAAAAAAAGGAGAACGUACUUUCAAAAUUGACCUAGUAAUGUCUUUUUUGUCAAACCGUUUUAAGGUUUUAUUUACGCCAUUCGAAAAUUUAUGUAUAGACGAGUCGCCAGUACUCUGGAAAGGACGCUUAUCCUUCAAGCAGUAUAUAAAAUCUAAGAGACAUCGAUUUGGCGUAAAAAUGUUUGUGCUUUGCGAUGUUGAGACAGAUUACAUUCUUGGAUUCAUUGUUUACACUGGCUCAGAAACGAAAAUCAAACCCUCCGAUCUGAGCAUAUCGGGAUCAAUAGUUCUAACACUUCUCGAGGACUACCUUGACAAAGGGCAUAAUUUAUACAUUGACAAUUGGUACUCUAUGGAUAUGCUUCUGAGCUCAGUAGAAUGUCUACGAAAAACCAUUAAAUAGUACAAGAAAAUCUUUUUUCAUUUGGUAGUUCUGUGCAUGAUAAAUGCCCAUGCAAUGUACAAGGUGUAUACCGGAAACCGUACAACACUGGCACAUUUUCAGUUAGAAGCAAUUCGACAAAUUGUGGAGAAAUAUGCAAAAAUUCAAAAAACUCCGAAAAAAGGCAGUCCAUCUUCUGGAGACAAUCCUCUUCGACUAAUCGGUAGACACUUUCCUCAAAAAAUCCCACCGGUUCCAGGAGGAAAGAAAACAUGCCAAAGAAUAUGUUUUGUAUGUAAACAUACUCAACGAGACACAUCUUACCAAUGUGCCGAAUGUGACAAAGCUUUAUGCCUCAUUCCCUGCUUCGAAGUUUACCAUACCAAAAAAAUUUUCUAA